UCUUGGACCGGCUGGUACGGUUAACAAAACAAAAUAUCCAAUUAUGGCUGAUUCAAGUGGUGAACAAUUAUCCAAAAAUGAGUUAAAAAGAAGGUUAAAGGCAGAGCAAAAAGCAAAAGAAAAGGCUGAAAAAUCCGCUCAACAACCAGCUGCCACUCAACAAACCAAAGAGAAGAAACCUUCUGAAGAAGAUAUAAGCCCCAAUGAAUACUUUAAGCUUAGAAGCACUGCCGUUGCAAAUCUUAAGGCUCUUGGUGGGGAAAGUCAUCCAUACCCCCACAAAUUUCAUGUAUCCACUUCAUUGGAAGAAUUUAUUGCUAAAUACAGUAGCUUGCAAGAUGGUGAAAUAAUGGAAAGUGAUAAUUUAAGUGUGGCUGGCAGGGUGCAUGCUAUAAGAGAGUCUGGUGCCAAGUUGAUUUUUUACGACUUACGUGGUGAAGGUACCAAGUUACAGAUUAUGGCUACUGCAAAUCAUUAUGAGAGUGUAGAGAAGUUUGCUGAAGAUACAGGAAAAAUCAGGAGAGGGGAUAUUAUUGGGAUUGAAGGAGUGCCCACCAAAACCAAAAAAGGGGAGUUGUCUGUGAUGCCUAAAAAAAUUAAACUAUUGUCCCCUUGUUUGCAUAUGUUGCCACAUCUUCACUUUGGUUUGAAGGAUAAGGAAACUAGGUUUAGACAAAGAUACUUGGACUUGAUUCUAAACAAUAGAGUUAGGGAUGUGUUCCAAGUCAGAGCUAAAAUUAUCUCCUAUGUCCGGAGGUUUUUGGAUGGGUUAGGCUUUUUAGAAGUUGAAACUCCUAUGAUGAAUAUGAUAGCUGGUGGUGCCACUGCUAAGCCAUUUGUCACUCACCAUAACGAUUUGAACAUGGAUUUGUACAUGAGAAUUGCUCCAGAACUGUAUCACAAAAUGCUUAUUGUUGGUGGUUUGGACAGAGUAUAUGAAAUUGGCAGGCAAUUUAGAAAUGAAGGCAUUGAUCUGACACACAACCCAGAGUUCACCACAUGUGAAUUUUAUAUGGCCUAUGCUGAUUAUAAUGAUUUAAUGUCAAUCACCGAAACGUUACUUGCUGGUAUGGUGAAGAGCAUUCAUGGCACUUACAAAGUCAAAUAUCAUCCAGAGGGUUUGGAAGGUGAGGAGUUGGAAAUUGAUUUUACACCACCUUUCAGAAGAAUUCCAAUGAUACCAACUUUGGAGAAGGAGUUGAAUGUUAAGUUCCCUCCUGCUUCUGAGAUGGCAUCAGAAUCUACCAAUAAGUUUUUGGAUCAACUCUGUGUGAAGAACAAUGUUGAGUGUCCACCACCAAGAACCACAGCGAGAUUGUUGGACAAAUUGGUUGGAGAUUAUAUUGAAGAAAAAUGCAUUAAUCCUGCUUUUAUCACAGAACAUCCUCAAAUUAUGAGUCCUUUGGCCAAGUAUCACAGAUCUGUACCAGGAUUAACUGAACGUUUUGAGCUGUUUGUAAUGAAAAAGGAGGUGUGCAAUGCGUACACAGAAUUAAAUGACCCAGCAGUCCAAAGGCAAAUGUUUGAUCUGCAAGCAACUGCCAAAGCAGCUGGUGAUGAUGAAGCUCAACUGGUCGAUGAAACUUUCUGUACUGCUUUGGAGUAUGGUUUGCCUCCAACUGGUGGAUGGGGUAUAGGAAUUGACAGGUUGACCAUGUUUCUUACUGAUAACAAUAAUAUCAAAGAGGUGCUUUUGUUCCCUGCUAUGAAGCCUGAUGACCCAAACAAGGGGACAAAAGGAAGAAGAGGAAGCAAAGCCUGCAAAUAGCUAAUUUUGUCAGUUUUUAUUUAAACCAAAAUAAAUUAUUUAAAUAUUUAAACACCUUUUAUUGUAUAAAAUUUAUUUUUUAUAAAGUGAGGUACUGCUGAUUACCUUAAAGUAAGAUGUAAUACAUUUGAUUGAACAUUAAUAAUAAAUUAACAUCACAUAAAAAUAUCAACAGCAACAAAGAGCUAUAGGUAGAUCAUCAAUUUUAUAUCCUUUCUAAAUUAUUUAUUGCUUGUAGUUUAUACAAAUUAAUUUAAAAAUUUUACAGAAAAAUCCAAUUGUAUAAAAUCUUUGUGGUUACAACUAUGAAUUCAGCCUUAGAUGGUGGUAAAUUACAGUACCUGAAUUAGUUGAACACAAUAUUAAAAACCUGUUUUUUAACAUUCAUCUUCAUCAUCAUCAUCCUGUUUUGGUCCCCCCUGUUCAGUAGAAUUAUAGUGCUCACCCAGUCUAUACAAAAACCUGUGAUAAGUCAAAAUUAAUUCUGGCCCAUCAAGCCCUUCCCCUUGAAUUGUUGGAGGUCCACUUGCUUGGAUAACUUUUAUAGGACAAGAGAGAAUAUUUGAUAGAGCCUUUAAUUCCAACUGACCACCCCAAAGUUUUGUGGUGGCUACAUCCUUACAAUACUUCUUAAAUUCAUCUUCAUUCACAGUUUUCUCUUCAUCCAUCUCAUUGCACAUAAACGGCAAAAAGUCAUCUUGGUUUGUCAACAUAAAAUCUGCUGUAAUCUGCCUUAAUCCAGUGAUUGUGAACGUUUUUUUUACCUUUUACUUCAAGUUGAUGGUUUACAGCACAAUACAAACAAUUACCAUCAGCUGGUAUGUUGUAUAUAUGUAGAUUUAGUGAUUUCAAAGUUUCUUUAAUGGAUUUCAUUUCAGUUUCCCUUGGGCCACCUCUAUUUUUCUCGGCUUGUUCAGAUAUCCUCUUCUCUCUUUCCCUUUCUUCCGCAGCUUUCUUAUUUCUUCUUUUCUGAGCUCUUGAAUCUCGGUUAUUAGCCAUCUUUCCAUCAACUUCAUCUUCUUUGAUUUCCAGAUCUUCACUGAUAUUGGAUUGAUUGUUGGAAUCUUCAUCCACUAGUUCAUUCUCUGUUAUGCAUGGUUUAAGUAAUUUUAACUCUUCUGCGUGUUUUAACUCCAAGUCGUUUUUCAAGUUUUGCUAUCUCAUCUGUUAUUUCUUUCUUUUUUUUUCUUAUCACCUUUUGGAACUGCUUUUUUCAAUGCUUGCACUUUGGCGUGAAGAUCUUUCUUUUCUUGCUUGUGUCUUUUCGAUAAUUCUUCCUCAUUUAAAUCAGCCGGAACACCCUCGCUCUCCAUAAUUAAAUAUUUUAAAUUAUAAGCAAUUAAAUGUUUUAAACACGGCUUUUAAGGUUAAAACACCGGCCGACACGUUCCCAAAUUUAACUUAACAAAUUAAACAAAAUUUGUAACUAAAUUUAAUUAUAUUUUGCAUGUUGUGCUUAAAAAACUAAACUUAUUACAGUAAAGGUAUUUUUAAAACUUAAAAUGUUUUAAUUAAGUUAGUUAUUUUAAUAUAAAUUUCGGAACGUACCUCUUUCUGUCAG